AUGGCUCAGCCAGUCCAAUUCCCUCCGCCCUCAUGGAAGUUUUACCCCAUUGUAUACGUAACAAAUGGUCAGGAGUUCCUGGGAACGGAUCUGGAGAAACUAGGCACUACGGAGUGGAUGACGGACGAUUUUAUUGAGCGGGGCAUCAGGGCUGUCGCACACAUGCCGAACGACGAAGAAGGAAUUGCUCUCACUGUCAGUGCAGCGUGGGAUUGGCCGGGGUCAAAGGUGAAAAGCACAAUCACGCAGCGGUUGACUGCGACCGAUCAUGCUGCAAUGGCCUUGAUCGUUCGAGGGUCAGGUUGGCACUUCACCCUGGAUGUGCGAUUCUUUGGAAAGAUCACCCGCAAUUACCUGGUGGACUCUCUUCUCCCGCCCGUCACAUCUUCUCGACCAGUGGUGGAUGAUAUAAGAGCCAAGGAUGGCGAGACGAAGGACAAACGGGCGAAAGCAGAAACGCUCGAACAGGGCCAGAUCAGGUCGUGUCGGGAAGAUAUUCCUGCUGACCAACAGAUUGUCAAUACGGGAUUGCAGGUGGACAGGUACAACUGCUCUUUGCACGUGAUAAGAGCGGCAGUAAUUGCGAUAGACCGGUUCAGGAGCUAUCGCAUGGGGAUCACCACUGCCGAUGAGCUAGCCCUAGAUAUGAUGACUGAAUGGCAAUCGCUAAAAGGUAUCCGCUAUACUGAGAGGAAGUUCUGGGCCAAGCUGAUCAGCGAAGACGUGUUGAUGUCGACUUUCCCUACUUCUUCUUGA